AUGCCUUCGACCAUCUUCCCCGCCCACCAGCCCUCCAAACCCGCCCAGCGCGCAGGCCCAACUUUUACCGGCACCGUCUACUCGGACGUCAUCCACCGCGACGCCACCGUCUCCCUCGCAAACGUGACCUUCACGCCCUGCUCACGCACAUUCUGGCACACGCACGAGGACGGCCAGAUGAUCAAGGUGCUGUCUGGCUCGGGGCUGGUAUGCGACGCGGGCGGGGCCCCACGGCGGAUCCAGGCGGGCGAUGUAGUGUGGGCGGCGCCGGGGACGACGCACUGGCAUGGUGCGGAUGAGGCGAGUGUGAUGACGCAUUUUGUGGUUACGAGGGGGAAGACGGUGUGGGGGGAGGAGGUGGUGGGGGACGGGUGGCCGAGGGUCGAAGGGGCGGAGAGGGGUUGA